GGCGGGGGUUAAGCGCGGCGGCGGCGCCGCCCGGGGCGUGAGGCGGGGGAGCGGUUCGGCGGGAGGGAGGAUGAGGACCUGCUCCCGCAGCGCUGGUGUCUGUCGGCGAUCGGCCCUGCCCCGCGCUGCCUCGGGGGAAGCCUCUUCGGUGGAGUCGUGACGGGGGACAGGGGUCGGCGGGGAGCCCUGCGCCCCGGGUCUGCGCGCAGCGGCGGCCGCUUCCCGCUGAACUGCGGCUUCAGGAAGAAGAGAGCUCGAAGUGUUUCUCGGAAGCUGGAGUUGCAGCCUGGUUUCUUGCUUUUUUUUUUCUUGCCUUUUUUUUCUUUUCUUUUUUUUCUCCCCCUUAACGUUUUGUUACGCGUGUCUCUUGAGGGGACGUCUUAGGAAUGGUCAUUUUUAGCAGUGAAAUCUGCUGCGCAAAGGAGGAUUAUAACAAAUCUCUAUGAAUGAUAGACUCGAUUGCUAAACCUUGCCUUGACCAACCUCCUGACCCUCGGAGAGAUCUCUCAGGGUGUGUGUGGGAAGGAAAAAAAAAAUCCUCCCGUUUGAAAAUAAACUUGACAAAAAAGAUUAAUCUUUUUUGGACAGCCUAAUUGCUUUAUAAUUACUUUUUUUUUCUUGUUUUGUGAUAUGUUGUUUUAAAAAGGAUUUUCCUACAUGGUUGUUUUGUAACUGGUGGAGGAAGGAAGGAUCCCUCUGAAGCAUUUCUGAUGUGACAGCUUUGGUUUCCGAAGAGUUAACUGGUGUUUGCAUGAUACACCUAUUGCUUGUCUGGUAGCAGACUUUUCAUCUUUUUAUUUGCUUUUUUUUUAAUUAACUGGGGCUGGUGGAGAGGGUUAUCUUGGUCAGAAGAAUAUUUGCACGUAUCUCUCUCUCUCCUGUAUACAUUUUUGGUGGGGUUCUCCCCACAUUUUACUCUCUCUUGAUGACUCCUGGAGGUGGUAGUGGGCCCAUGAAAGACUGUGAAUACAGUCAGAUCAGCACACACAGCUCUUCGUCUCCCAUGGAGUCUCCCCAUAAGAAAAAGAAAUCAGCUCCCAAGAGAAAAUGGGAGGUUUUUCCUGGAAGAAACAAAUUCUUCUGCAAUGGGAGGAUCAUGAUGGCUCGACAGACUGGAGUCUUCUACCUGACGCUUGUUCUCAUCUUGGUCACCAGUGGACUCUUCUUUGCAUUUGAUUGUCCAUAUCUGUCAGAGAAGAUUACGCCUGCUAUACCUGCAAUUGGUGGGAUUCUUUUCUUUUUCGUGAUGGGGACCCUGCUGCGUACUAGUUUCAGUGAUCCUGGUGUCCUUCCACGUGCAACACCAGAUGAAGCAGCAGAUCUAGAGAGACAAAUAGGUAACAGUGAAGAUAUUGCAAAUGGCUCCAGUUCAGGAGGAUACCGCCCCCCUCCCAGAACAAAAGAAGUGAUCAUCAAUGGACAGACAGUGAAACUAAAAUACUGUUUUACUUGCAAGAUUUUCCGCCCACCUCGUGCCUCACAUUGCAGCCUUUGUGAUAACUGCGUAGAACGGUUUGAUCACCACUGUCCCUGGGUAGGCAACUGUGUGGGGAAAAGAAACUACAGAUUUUUUUAUAUGUUUAUUUUAUCUCUGUCCUUUCUGACAGUCUUUAUAUUUGCAUUCGUUAUCACCCACGUCAUCCUUCGUUCUCAACAAACAGGGUUCCUUAAUGCCCUGAAGGACAGUCCUGCAAGUGUGCUGGAAGCUGUGGUGUGUUUUUUCUCAGUAUGGUCCAUUGUUGGCCUCUCAGGUUUUCACACGUAUUUGAUCAGCUCCAAUCAAACCACAAAUGAAGAUAUUAAAGGAUCAUGGUCAAAUAAAAGAGGUAAAGAAAACUAUAAUCCAUACAGUUAUGGCAACAUCUUUACUAAUUGCUGUGCUGCACUCUGUGGGCCCCUCUCUCCAAGCUUAAUUGACAGAAGAGGAUUUAUACAACCAGAUACAGCACAGUUAGCAGGACCAUCAAAUGGCAUUACUAUGUACGGGGCCACACAAUCUCAGAGCAACAUGCAUUGGCUAUCAUAAUGGAAGAUAGGAUUUCCAGUGCCAAGAAGAAGAGAAUAACUGGAAAGAGAUCUUUUUCCAAAGGCAAGCAUCUUACAUAUGUGCCUAUUUCUGAAUUGUUAUCCACAUAUCUUUAUAUUAUGUGGGUUCUAAGACUGUGUCAAAGAAGCCAUGAGUUAUGGACACGCUCCCUCUGCCAAAAAAAAAAAAGAGGUGGCCACAAGGCCUUCUGACAUAAUUUAGCGCUUCUCUUGAACAAAAGAAGAAAAGACUCACUCUUCCCAGACAGAUUAGUUUUAGUGUCACUGAUAAACUGGUAUAAAAUUUUUGCUGUAGUUCCUAAGCUGUUUUUACUUAUUAUUUUGAGGAUUAAAUAGAAUAUUUGUUAGUCUUCUUAAUGAGAAAAUGUACUAGAGACACAGUAUUAACUCUGAAUCUUCUGUGAGGUGCAGUGGUGCAGAACAAGGUAAUGCUCCAUGCAAAUUUUACUAAAAAAAAAAAAAAAAGUUACUCUGAAAAGAGAAAAGGGGUUUAAAAAAAAAAAAGGGAGACAUUCUAGAAAUAGUCUGAGGUCUUUCAGGGAUUACCCAAAUUUUCUGACUCUAUCAAAGCUUCUUGUUUGCAAGGAUCAUUAACCCACAAUAAGCCCCUUGCAUUAAAUUAUCUUAACAUUCUAAGAUUUAUACUUGCACUGUAAGAAGACACUAUCAUUAUUACCAGAUAUUAAUGAGAAAAUCCUGUGCCAGUUUGAUAGAAAGUUGACUCUAAAAAGAAUCUAGAAAUUGAGAAAUCUGUUAUGGUAUUACUUUAAGUCAAACAGGUAGCUGUUAUGAAUUUAGAGUGUAAUACCUGUAAUUACGCAAAUUCUGCAAGGAUUUGAACUCCUUAUAUCCUAGAACAUCACACUACUUGAACUGGGGAAGGCUUGGGUUCUUUAACAGUCAUCAGAGUCACUUGGAAAUGUGUAGCUUUCGUUCUUGAAAGUGAUCUCUCAGGAAAAGCUUGAAAAAUGUGAUGUUUGGUAUGGAGGAAUAUCUUUAAGACUGUGAUGUGAUUUUUCUCAGGGUAUUAUUCCUGGUCUGUAUCCAAAACCAAUUGGCUUCUAGUGGCAGCUGGCUAUCAACAUUAACAUUUCUCCCUUGAGUUUUGUUGCAAACUGUUAAAGACCUGCUUAGUUUCCCAUUCUCUCUAGCACUGUUUUCUGUUCCCUGUGUAAACUCGUGCAUUUUUCCCUGAGUUGUUUAAAGCAUAAGAAAUAAUAAAUUAAUUUCCUGCUGGCAGCAAUGCAGUGGGAUGUAACUUCCCUUCUGAUUUGUUCUUGUUUCACAUUUCCCUUUUUCUGUAUUCAAAGGUCAAAGUUUUUACUCUUCUCAGCAGACACUGUGCCUACUUUCAGGUUCCCAUCUCUCCUGUCUCAUGAAGCAGCAAACAACAAAACUGAUUUCUCUAUUUCAUAGUUAAGAUCUCAAUCUCAUCUACAUAAACAGACUUCCUUUUUUUUCCCUACCAAAAUUAGCUCACCUUACUGCUAGUUUUAGCUGUUUUCAACUAUUCUGGUGUUACGAAAUUUCCUGUUCCAAUUUAAAUUUAGACAGAAAUAAUAAAUUAAAACUUCAUCAUUCUAUUAAAAUCUUUUUCCCAUUAAGUGACCCCUAUAGUACUUUUCCAGACUUUACAGUAUCUGUUUCUCUCAGCUUUCUUCCCAGUACACAAUCUUAGAUUUUUCUGAAGAAUUUUGGGAACAGGAGUGCUGGGAACACCAGCCAUUCACUUUUUCUCCCCUGAAAAGGACUGCAAGAAGGUUCUUGAGUGAAAGGCAGUUGAGUAUACUUUAUGGCAGAAGUAAAACAAGACAUGCGGCAUCCUGUUACUUGGUUUUUGGUUGGUGGAGUUUUGGUUUGGGGGUUUUUUAGAGGAAGAAUCUCUGUAAGAUUGUAUAGAAUCCCUUGUGCUAGAAGUUCAGAUGCAAACAUCGAAAUUUCUUUUGGUGAUUGAUGGUUUAAAUAAUAGACUAGCUCAAGCCCAAGACUCUAGUGGAAGCAAAACAGUAGAGGGACAAGUCCUUGUGGAGGAAGAGGUUUCCUUUUUACCUUGUGUCCUCACUGACAAAAGUUAGGCAAAACAUGGAAUAUGAUCCAGUCUUCCCUUCUGGAAGGUUGCAUACCUCUUGGGGAGGACUCAGAGGCAUAAAAUGAAAAACACUUUCUUGGAGGUGAGGCAGGUGCACCACAAAGAACUGGCAAGUUUGAAGGAGAUGUAUUGGUAUUGCAGCUUGUAUUCAUUUGGUUUCAGAUAAGGACAAGCAAAGUGAAAUACCUUGACUUAAAAGCAUGUGUAGAUCAUAGUCUGAUUCCAUAAAUACUUUUUAAAUGGCAGAGGUUUAGCCAUUUGUACGUCAUCAGGGAUAAUUACACUAUUUUAGCAAGUUUAAUGCUUUUGAGUACAGGAAAUACCUUAUUAGAAAUCUGAGAUGUGUUUCAGUACACAUUUAUGGGGUGUCUCCUUGGAUUUUAUUCCAGAUUGCAUUACAUCUUAUCUCUACACUGAAUCUUAAUGUCUAGAUGUUAUACUUCUUAAUCCAUAUAGCAUGCUAAAAUAUCUCUCCUGUCCAUUGAUAUUAAAGGAAGAUUUUAAUGAGCAUAUUCUCUCACACUUGUCUGCUCUUAUUCCUUGCCUUCCCUUCCCUCAAAUCUUUUACUCAGUGCUUUUGUCUUUCUAAAUAGAUUUCUUGUGCCUCACCCAGCUAGCCUCUCAUCAUUCUUUAAACCUCUCUGGUUGCUUAGAAUUAUAUUCUGCUUUUAUAUAUUUUAAUACAUCUUUUAGCAUAGCAUUAUUUUUGCAUUUAAACCUCAAAAUACAUAUCAGGUUAAGUUUAAACUUGCCAGACACUUUUUUUUUUUCAGUGCAAUACAUUAUCUCUUAUUCAGGAUACUAUUGUGGGGCACUAUUUUUGUAUUUAACAGCUUUGUGGUAAUUUUGAGACUUAGAAUAUUUCAUGUAGGAGCUACCCUACUUGUGCUAGUGACUCAGUUUGUCACAAUCUCAGAAAGUCGGGGUUAUUGCUCUAAUCAGCGCUUCAUAGCCUCUUACUAUGAUUUUUUUUCCCUAGAGCUUUUAAAGAGUUUUUUCUCCUGUUCUCUCCUUAGUAUCUCCCUUAUUUUACUAAGAAAUGAAAUUGUAUUUACUUUUUCAAAGGCUGGAGCCACAUAUAAUUAUUUUUUCCUGGUACAUUCCCAGUGGUUUUUUUUAUCUGUUUUCCAAUAGAAUUUGAAAUUAAUCUGGUAAAUUCAUUAGCCAGCUUCUUAAUAUCCUUAUCCACGUGACAAGCAUGAUCACUUGGAACUCAUGAGCUGUAGACCUGGUAUUUCCAAAGUAUUUCCCUGUUGCACUUUAUUGCUGACUGUUUUUACAAGCUCUUCAUUAGUUUGAGUGCGCAAGUAUCUCUUCUCAUUCUUAAGAAUUUUUUUUGCAUGAAACACAGUAUCUCACCCAUUAUGAAAUCAUACUUUUCUCUAUAUUUUAUUCUUUUUUUCUCUUUUAAGAUUUGUUUUCUUUUUAUUCUGAAAAAAAGUUGUUAUUUGACCAUAAACCUUUCAGCUACCAUUACCUGGAUCUGCACUUCUGUAGCCUCAGUAGAAUUGUGCGAGAGUAGAACUCUUUGAUGGUGAUGAAAAGAUUAAUGACUAAAAGUGGUGAGACAAAGGCCAUGUAUCAUAGUAGAGAUUAGGUUCAUAAAAUUGAUGCCUACUCUUCCAGCCUUGUGAAGCUAUUGUUGAUGACUGAUGUCAUUCUGAAGAAUCAGGGGCGGGGGGGGUGUGGAGGGGAGCUUUUGGAAGGAGGUGACAUCAUAUGUUUGCUAGCAGGUAAAUAUCUUGGAAACUCUAUAUGCAUUUGCCGAACCCCUUACAGAGACCUUUCUCAAAUUCUAGCAUUUAACAAUUUCUUGUAGGCAGAAAUUGUAUGUAUGUAGCAGAAAGCGAGCGGUUCCUCAUCUCAACCCAGAAAGCAGGUAGCAGAACUUUUGUGGUGUCCUUCACAUGGCUACCAGGGCAAAGGGAAGAACCACCAAGAGAAAUCCUCCCUGGCACCUUCUCUGGUGGAGCUGUGCAUGGGGGGUUCCAUGAAGCAUUUUGGCUCCAGAGGAGUGCGAAAGUGAGCAAAAAGUGAGGGUUUUUUUCUAUAGUAACUUUUUAAAAAGUGCUAUAGUGUCCUAGUAGUGGUUAUGUUGUGAAAAAGCAAUAUUCUGAACUCACAAAGGUAAUUAAAAAGUAGUUGUAUUUAUGAAAAAUAAGCUCAGCACCCAAUGAUAAGACAGAACUGCAUCUUUCCUUUGAAGUUGUUUCUGUUUUUCUUUGGGGUGAUGGGACCCAAAAAAACCCAAUAGAAUGCUCUUUCUGCCAACACUCCUUUCAUUUAAACAUCUCACACACCUUUGGAUCAAAUGUCACACCAACGGCUUGGGUGUGAGUAGUACAGCUCCUUUUUAAAAAACAAAAAUUGCAAGAUUUUUCUUAAUAAAACCUUUCAUUUUUAAAUUUUGAAUUUGAAAAACACUACAUUUCCAACCAGCAGUUUCAAACCAAUUCAUUUUCACGUUCACCACUUAGCUUUCUCUUAAAAGCUCGAGUUGAUUCUUGGGUUUUGAUACAGGGUAUGUUAUUCUUUAGUAAUCCGUUGUGAAGAAAAGAGAAUCUAUCUCACUCCAUGCACUUUUUUGAGGAAUUACUUUGGUUUAUUUUUCCUAUAGUAUCUCUUGGAAUUCUCUAAUACCUUCCUUAUAAAGUGAUAUAUUUUGCUUCUCUCUGCCUCUGUGUCAGGACAGGUUUAUUUCUUUGAUUUUAAGAAAUUCACUUGUACUCUUGCAUUCCUAGGCCGUUGUUCUUCAGUGUUUAAGUAGUUCCUUGUAUGCUAAAUUCCUUUAUUUCCAGUUCUCCCUCUAUUUUCCUGGAUGCAAACUCUGUUUUCUUACUUAUAUGUACCACUGAAAUUGUAGGAACCAUAAUAGUGCGUGUGCAACAUUUGUUACUAGUGAGAAGUGCAGGAAAGUCCUCUCCCAAACAGUCACAUCAGUAUUUCUAGCACUGAUCUGGAAAUCGGAGCCCAGCUGAUCCAGGGAACAUUAACUCUGAGCCUCCUAUCGUACUGCUCCUUUUGCUUUUCAUAUUCUCAUUAUUAUGAGUAAGUAUUUCUAUCAUGAAUGUAAAAGGAUCAGCAAGGAUAGGAGCCCCACUUUGCUGGGAGUUUUAUGAGUGUGUUUCCCUGUAUAUUUACUCUUGUACUUCACAAAUGCAAUUUAUCAUUGCCCAAACCAGAAUUUAGGGCUCUUAUCAAAUCAACGUUACGGUAGUCAAGGUUGAUAGAGGUUUUCCAUUAAAGUGUUUUACUUCACAGUCAAAAUGGGUUAAGGGCGCAUGCAGUAAACCAACUUCAGCAUUUUGCUAUGGGUUGAGGUAUGUUUUAGUAGCAGUUAUUUUGAUUGUACUUAUUUACUGUAUUUUUGUUCACAUCGCAGAGCAGUAUCAGAGCACAUGAACUGAAUUUCUUUCAGAAGAUGUGCUCCCUGAAUACACCCACUGUGCUCUAACCAUUCAUGACAUUCAGUCCAGAAGAACAAACAGUAGCUAGUCUGAAGUAAGAUCCCUGCAGCAGGUAUAGUUUCCCCUUUGGCUUCAGAAGCGUUAAUCUUCAUAGGUCUAGUCCUGGUGCACUGUACUACUUUCAAGGGGAGCCAUUGGCUUGGUGGGUUUUGUGGCUCGGUUGUUGCACAGUAUCUGCAAUACCAUGACUGUGAGCGUGCAAUCCUACAGGUGUUGGGGAUAGUUGUACAGCUCCAUCCCUCCACUCUUUACCCAUCUCCUGUAUCCGUCUAGUAUGGCGCUGCAGCAUCCUUUCUGUUACUUCACAGCACUGUCAUUCAGUGCAGUCGGUCUCCCCUGAACUUUUUUGUUCUUUGUACGUUAUUCAGAGCUGCUGAGAUAAAGCAACCUGCUUUUCUCCAUCUUCUGAAAACUGUAACAAUUCUUUACUGUUCCUAGUGUUUAGAAAAUUUACAGAGUUAAUUUAAAAUUCAAAGUAAAUAAGCUCUGGGUUUGGCUUUAGAAAUGUGAAAAAUACACUGCCAUGUACAACAACUGUGUUAACGUGUAUGUUUUGUGUAGCUUAGAAAAAAAAUGAGACUUUCUUCAGAAAAAAUACCUUGUUUCUUUAGUUGUUUGUAUUUAUUAUUUAUGAAAUAAACACAGAAUUUUAGGUUUUGUCUAA